AUGCCUGUGCCGGAAGCUCCCACCUCCAGCUCCUGCAGGCAGCUCCUGCAGGGUCCCCCGGAGGAGGAAACAGUUCCCCUUCCCCAGGUGCUGGCCCAGCCGCAGGAUAGGGCCUGCAAGCUGGCUGUUGCCAGGGCGGGGCUGGAGGAGGACCGGAAGUCCCUCGAUAAGCGGGAGUCCCACGCCUCCAACAUGGAGAAGCAGUUUGGGCGCCAGCGCGACUCCCUCAAGAAGCAGAAGGAGUGGUGCUUUGCACUUUCACAGGUUGUAUUAGAAGAUGGUAAGUCGGAGCGUCUGACUGUUUGUGCUGGUUCAAAUACUAUCUCUGUUCAAGAUGCUUUAACAGAGUACCGAGUGAUUGAAUCUUGCCCGCAAGGCUACACUUGGUUAGAACUAUUUCCUUGUACAGGAAGGAAGCAUCAGCUCCGAGUCCAUUGUGCGGAGGUUCUUGGAACACCAAUUGUUGGGGAUUACAAGUACGGACGACAAGUGCACCAGAACUGGUCGCCUCUUCCCAUGCCACAAGCAAUCGAUGAGGAAAUGCUCAAGAAAAGGAAGCUUCCCUUUGGGCUUGCUUUGGGUGGUGGAAGCGUAGCUGAGGAACAGCCUCAGCUGCAUCUACAUUGCAAGCAGAUGAUCCUUCCUGACAUCUCAGAGGCUAUGCUGCGCCUGCAGUCUUCAGAUGCUGAUUAUGAUUUUUCUGAUCUUGAGAAGCUCAGCUUUGUUGCUCCAUUGCCGUUGCAUAUGCGGUUGAGCUGGGAGAUUUUGAAGUCAUUAGGCAAGUAAUACUGUACUUUUAUCUGUUGGUCAUGUCUGGUUGCUGUGCUGUAACUGUGGAUUUUGCUUUGAGAUAAUGCAAAAGCUUCGCUUGGACCAUGGUUUUUACGGGGCGAGGCGUGACGACCCACCCCCUUCCAGACUCCUAGGCGGGUAUGGCGUAUGUUCAUCUCUUAUGCAGCAAGGUUCCGACAAACAAGCACAUAUUCACACCAAUUAGGCAACCACAUGGGCAUAUACUAGCAGAAUGGAGCACAGCUAUGACCUAUCUAUUCCUGAUAGCGCUACAAAUAGCAGAGAGGAGCAGAGCAAAGUACGAGUACUAAAAAACAGAGUAGAGGAAGAGGGGAGGAAAAGCAGAACCACAGAGCAAAGUACGAUUACGAAACAGAGCAGAGGAAGAGGGGAGGAAAAGCAGAACCGCAGAGAAAGGAGGAAAGAGUCGGCACCUGCCUUGGCCUUGGGUCGCCUUGCGUCGACACGACGCCUUCCCACGCGAGGCGACCCCAUAUGCGGGAACAGCACGGCGGGCGGGACGCCUCCGUUGGGUGGUUGCCUGGAGUUACGCCAUAAAAACCAUGGCUUGGACAACCUUAAUGCCAAUGUUAGUGAUGACCAGGUUGUGGUCCUCUAGUGGUUCAAAGAUGCUAUAAACAGAGAAACAAUGCCUUGUGUAGUUUACAUUGUUCUUUUUUUUUGUUCCUAUUCAGAGAAAACCUGCUUUAUAUCAUCACAUGUAAUGACCAAUGAUAGUUACUCCUCUUUUAACAUGGAACUAAAGGAUUCUUUACAUUAUUACACGUAAUGUCUGGGACACGAUCAACC